AAAAGAAGCUACUCUCCCUUUCUCAUAAGGCAACUAUUCAAAACGGCGCCGUUUCUAUGUCCCGAAAUAGGCAUUUCAUUGGAUUUUUCUGGGUCCUGCCUCCUAAGCCGAAGUUGGGUUCUCUCAGCUGCUGGGUUUUCGUUCUUUCUGUCAACCACCUGCUGCUCUCUGCAAUCCUUGUGUUGCGUCCCUUGUUUGUUUCUUAGGAAUUUCAGAAGAUUAAUUUUUCCUACAGAUAGUCACUGCAACAAAUUGAAAUUAUAAUUUUAAUUUCCCCUAUUUUCAUUUUCCUCCCCGUUUUUUGGAUUCUCAAACAACCAGAUAGUAGAACUUAGCUCUGGUGGUGGACAUGAGCCCUAGAAAAUAAUGGGCAGCAGUAGUCAAUUGCUCCUUUCAGCGACUUGCUUUUCCACUCCUUUCAGCAAUGAUGGGUUUUUGUGCUGCAACAGCAAUAGACUUGCAGCAACAUCAUCAUUAUCAUCCACAGCCAAAUGGCAACAAAUUUACGAACGAUUGUCAUCAUCAUCAUCACCAUCGCAAUCAUCUGUUGUCGUAAGAAACCCCACUUCUCCAUUUCAUUUUCUGGUGCCAAAUCAUGGCUCCAACAAUAACAACAACAACAAUGAUGGCGGUAAUGGUGGUGGUGGUGGUGGUUGGAAUUCCUCCUGGGGUUCGAAUUGGAAUUGGGGCUGGUGGGGUAAUGAGGAAAAUGCCCUUUUCAUUUUCUUCUGCUCCCGUGUGCUCCAUGAACACGGUUCUGAGACUGCACACAAGCUUAGGGCAGUUUUGUUGUUCGUCUUUUCGGUUUUGUAUAGCUUCUUCCAUUUUCAAUUGGAUACGGCGCUGUCCAAGGAGAAAGAGGAGGAGGGUGUUUGGGAAGUGAGAGGAGGCAAGUGGCAUAAGAUAAUCCCGGAUUCUUCCAAGGACGAAUUUCUUGUUGUUACACCUUGGAUUGGAGCUGUUGGUGCUCCCAAGUCCUCGACACUUCCCAAUUUGUGGCUACAAUGCAAGGAGCUCUUUCUGCGUUUAAUGCUGCCGGAGGGCUUUCCACACAGCGUUACCUCGGAUUACUUGGACUACACCCUAUGGAGGGGUGUGCAGGGUGUUGCCAGCCAAAUUAGCGGAGUCCUUGCCACCCAAGCCUUGCUUUAUGCGGUUGGAUUGGGGAAAGGGGCCAUUCCGACUGCCGCUGCAGUCAAUUGGGUACUCAAAGAUGGAAUCGGCUACCUCAGUAAAAUCCUCUUGUCAAAAUAUGGCCGGCAUUUUGAUGUCCAUCCCAAGGGUUGGAGGUUGUUUGCCGAUCUUUUGGAAAAUGCUGCCUAUGGAUUGGAGAUAUUGACUCCUGCCUUUCCUCAUCAAUUUCUCCUAAUUGGUGCUGUUGCCGGAGCAGGACGAUCAGCAGCUGCGUUAAUCCAGGCUUCUACGAGGAGCUGUUUCUAUGCUGGCUUUGCUGCUCAAAGGAAUUUUGCUGAGGUAAUUGCAAAGGGCGAGGCUCAAGGAAUGGUGAGCAAAUCCAUUGGUAUCAUGCUUGGCAUAGCAUUAGCUAAUUGCAUAGGCUCCUCUGCACCUCUUUCCUUUGCUUCUUUUACUGUGGUAACUGCGGUCCAUAUGUUCUGCAAUUUGAAGUCAUACCAAUCCAUUCAAUUAAGGACUUUGAAUCCAUACCGUGCAAGUUUAGUCUUCAGCGAAUAUCUGCUUAGUGGCCAAGUUCCUUCAAUUAAGGAGGUUAAUGAAGAGGAACCACUUUUUCCAGUUGUACCCCUUCUUAAUGCAAAGCCUACUUAUAAAGCACAAUCAGCAGUACUAUCCACUGAAGCCAAGGAUGCAGCUGCUGAAAUAGAGCGGCGGUUGCAGUUGGGAUCCAAGCUCAGUGAGGUAGUUAGCAGCAAGGAGGAUGUGCUUGCACUGUUUGAUCUGUACAGAAAUGAAGCUUAUAUUUUGACUGAGCACAAGGGACGAUUUUUUGUGAUACUUAAAGAAAGUUGCUCACCACAGGACAUGCUGAAAUCAGUGUUCCAUGUCAAUUAUCUUUACUGGUUGGAAAGAAAUGCAGGAAUCAUAUCUAUGGGUGCCUCUGAUGAUUGCAGACCUGGAGGCAGGCUGCAGAUAUCUUUAGAGUACGUGCAAAGAGAAUUCAACCAUUUAAAAAAUGACAGCGAGUUUGUAGGUUGGACCACUGAUGGGCUCAUUGCAAGGCCUCUGCCUAAUAGGAUCCGUCCGGGUCAUGUUGCCUCCACUCCGGCAAGCUAAUAUAUAAAUCGAAGGCUGUUCCCUUGUGUUAUCACUUGCAUGACUCCCCAUGUGCCAGAAAAUGCUUUGUGAUCAUUGCCCGGCUACCUAUAUCGUUCCAUUUCCUCUUUUGUGAAGAUUGUGAUUAGAGAGUUCUGGUUGGGAAAUACAGAAUGGUAAAACCUUGAGGCUGUGACCUGCCAAAGAAGGCAGGCUUGUGACUUCCUCUGGACGUGGUUGGGUGGCAAUUGGAAGGUGCUGAUCAUUGAGUCGGUAGAGAAAGACACCCUUGCCUUGGAAAUCAUUAAUUGUUCAUCUAGACAUUAAUACAUUGAUUCCUCCAUUAACAAAACUAGACCCUGCAACAUCUUUGCAAAGCAUAUACAUGUUGGAUCUUAAAAGUUCAUUUUCCAUGCUAACAUGUCAAGACUAGUGCUGCAUCAAGCACCAUUCUGUCUUGAUCUGUUUGGUUUUUUGCAAUAAAAAGGGAUGGUAUCAUUUCAUUAUUCUCUCUAGGAAAA